UCUCCCCCCCAAUAGAUCACUGCGUUAUAUUUAAAAGGCAAACCCCACAAGCAGCGCUUCUGGUAUGUAAAGAAUGGAGCUCUUUCAACAUUUUCGGUCAGUGAAGCUAUUUGCAGCUCUGAGAUCAGCUCUACUUUCAAGACAAUGCGAUGGUUUAUGAAGGAGCAAGCACAAAACUGACCUGAGUUCAGUGUUUGACGAGACCGUUCUAGUCCGAAUCCUCUAAUGUGAAACAUGCAGAACUAGCCCAGCCUAUAAAUAAUGCUGAGAAAUUUUAGGGGAAGAGAACACCGAACCUGAAGAAAACAAGGGAAGCUUUGUGAAAUGAAGAAAACGUGUUUUUUCCUAAAAGUCAUGCCAGUGUUGCUGUUCUUGACUCUGCUGUGCCCAGUCUUGGUCUCCUCUUCACAGCCGUCUGCAACAGACUCGUGCGGGCCUGAGUUUGCUGUUCUCAAGCGCAGCAUAAGGAAACUUGAAAAUAGUCUUUUGAUCAGAAAAUGGCAGGUUGAGCACUUGCAGACGCACAAAUACUUCCGUCCGUUUCAGCCUGCUGCGUCUAACAGCAAACCUCAGGCUGAUUCAGACCCCGAUUCUGGUUUAAACCACAACAAGAGCGCAGCACUAGAUGGACUGGAUAUGACGCUGACUAAACCACUUCCACCGACAGGCAAUUUAAUUGUAUAUGAUAAAGACUGUUCUGAACUGUUCGACAGACAGAGACCAUCAAGCGGUUUCUACCGCAUAAGACCCAAAUUACAUCAGGAGCCCUUUUUAGUUUACUGUGACAUGGAUGAUGGAGGAGGGUGGACAGUGUUUCAAAAACGCCGGCAUGGAAGAGUUGACUUUCACAGAGACUGGGUGGACUACAGAGAUGGCUUUGGCGACUUCAAACUGUGGAAUGACGAGUUUUGGUUGGGCAAUGAACAUAUUUACUCUCUGCUCUCAGAAGGUAAGAACCUUGUGAAGAUCGAUCUCAUGGAUUGGGAUGGACAGAGAAGCUAUGCGUUUUAUGACAACUUCAGGAUCACCGAUGAGGCUGAUAAAUAUCGUCUUCAGUAUGGGCAGUACAGUGGGUCAGCGGGAGAUGCUCUCAGUGGAAGCAGGGGUGUGGUGGAGCAGUGGUCUUCUUGCCUCAGUGGCAUGCAUUUCAGCACCAGGGAUCAGGAUAACGACCGGUACCUCCAGGGAAGCUGUGCCCAGGAGAAUAAAGCAGGUUGGUGGUACAACAGAUGUCAUGCAGCCAACUUAAAUGGAAAAUUCUAUCGCAGAGGGAAGUACAAAGCCGAGUAUGAUGACGGUAUUGUUUGGGGGACCUGGAAAGGCCUUUGGUAUUCACUUAGACACACCACCAUGAAAGUGCGGCCUCUGGUUUUCCUAGACGCCGUGGGCAGUGGAGCGGGCGAAAUUUAAAAACCUAAACGCUAAAAAACAAGAGCAAACAUUCUUUGCCAUAUUUUAAUUUCUCCCUUUGCUAUUUUUCUAUCAAAUAUCAGUAAUACCGUGUUGUAUGCAUUUCUUUCUGUAAAGUGUCUAUUUACCAAACACUAAAAUAAACAGCAUUUCAUCCAUAACACCUCUCUGAUGUUCAUUUGAUUGUCCUCAAGCAUAGUUACAAUGGAUACAACUGUGUAAUUUUCAUUACAUAUUUUACACUGCUUAGAUCUCACAUUAAACAGUGAAGCUGUCAGGAUCUGGAGACUCGACUGGAAAGUGCUAUCAGGCACCCGAGUUCCUUGGUCUCCACCCCUGGGCGGAGCCAUCUCCCUGCUGCAGUCCUGCACACCUGAGACUGAUUCGGGGCAAUCAGGUUGAGGAUUUAAGGUCCCCUCAGCCUCUCCUUCACCUCUAGUGCGUCAAAGACCUCACGUUGGUAUUGACUCUACGGCUUUUCACGCUCUUGCCACUUUUUCAUUGUUAACCUUGGUUUCAUGUGCAUUUCCUGGACCUUCGUUGUCAUCGCCCUCAACCCCAGCUCGCCUUACCUGCCCUCCAGCCUCACUCACCACCUUGGACACAGCGGAACUCAGGUCUGCCAGCCGUUCCACUACUCCCCUGGACUACCACCGCCUCUCCCUGAAAGCGAGAUUCACGCCGAUCACCAACGCAACCGCUCCGUUCUCGUCUCAACCUGCUAAAUCCCCGUUCACCCCCCCUCACUGACCCACGGCUACUUCGUUAGCAACUCCUUGUCACGAAUUCACUGGUUGACUAAAUAAUAAACACUGCAAAACGUUUGAGCCGUCUCUGUUUGUGGUUAUCUGCAAUCGAGUCCAAUUUAGCUAUCGGCCCGUGGCCAUUGUGACAGAAGCAGUUUAGCUGGUGCGGUUUCAGUAUUGUAGAGUACUGUAAUUGCAGAAGACUUGGCAGCACUCUAAAAGAAACAC